AUGGCGUUCGGCCUCCUGAAAUACGGCCUCUCCCGGCGCCGGCCGGUGAAGCGCUUCCUCAGCUCGCGGCCCGAGCUUAGGCCGAGCUACGACGUGGCGAUCAUCGGCGGCGGCGGCCAUGGGCUCGCGGCCGCCUACUACCUCGCGGCCCGGCACGGCGUGCGCAACGUCGCCGUGUUCGACAAGGGCUACCUCGGCGGCGGCAACACCGGGCGUAACACCGCCAUCAUCCGCUCCAACUACCUGACGCCGGAAGGCGUCGCCUUCUACGAGGAAUCGAUGCGGUUGUAUCGGGGCCUCAGCGAGGAGCUCGACUACAACAUCCUCUAUUCGGAGCGCGGGCACUUCACCCUCGCGCACUCCGAUGCGGCCAUGCGCACCUCACGCUGGCGGGCCGAGGUGAACAAGCAUCUCGGCGUCGAUUCCGAGCUCGUCGGGCGUGAGGAGCUCUCCCGCCUGGUGCCGCUGCUCAACAUGUCCGAGGAGGUCCGCCACCCGAUCCUUGGCGCCCUCUAUCACCCGCCCGGCGCGCUUGCCCGCCACGAUGCGGUCGCUUGGGGCUACGCCGGCCGCGCCCAGGAGCUCGGUGUCGAGAUCCAUCAGGAGACCGAGGUCACGGGCAUCAAGGUGGAGAACGGGCGCGUCACCGGGCUCGAGACCAGCCGGGGGCCGAUCGCCUGCGGCAAGGCGAUGCAGGCGGUGGCGGGCCUCAGCGGCCAGGUCGCAAGGCUCGCGGGCUUCACGCUGCCGAUCCGCACCGUGCCGCUGCAGGCCUGCGUGUCGCUGCCCCUAAAACCCUUCCUCGACCCGAUCGUCGUCUCGGGCAGUCUGCACGUCUAUAUCUCGCAGUCCGACCGGGGCGAGCUGGUGAUGGGGGGCGCGACCGACCCCUAUCCGCGCUACCAGACCUCGUCGACCCUCGACUUCAUGGAGGGGCUGAUGGCGCACAUCCUGGAACUCUUCCCCUUCAUGGGCGACGUCCCGGUGCUGCGCCAGUGGGCCGGCAUGACCGACAUGACGCCAGACUUCGCGCCGGUCAUGGGGCUGACCCCGGUCGAGAACUACUACAUCGAUUCGGGCUGGGGCACCUGGGGCUUCAAGGCGACGCCCGUCUGCGGCACCAGCAUGGCGGAGCUGAUCGCGACCGGCCGCGUGCCCGAGCUGAUCAAGGACUUCCGCCUCGACCGCUUCCGCGACUUCUCGCUCAUGGGCGAGAAGGGCGCGGCCUCGGUCGGGCACUAG